AUGACACGAACAAAUCUGCAAAUCGAAAAAGAUGCCAUCGUUAUCGGCGGUGGCUUCGGCGGUUGCAAUGCCCUCUACAAGCUCCGCAACCUCGGUCUCUCCGUCAAUCUGAUCGAAGCCGGAAGUGCCUUUGGUGGUGUGUGGCACUGGAACCGCUACCCAGGUGCUCGGGUGGACAGCGAGAUGCCUUCUUAUCAAUUCAACAUCCCUGCUGUGUGGAAGAGUUGGAAUUGGUCGCAGCGGUUCCCCGGGGAUGAGGAGCUACGCCGCUACUUCCGCCAUGUUGACGAUGUCUUGGGUCUGAGCAAGGAUACCUUGUUCAAUACCAUUGUCACCCGUGUACAGUAUGACUCUUCCACGAGAAGGUGGAUUGUUUCCACCAACACGGGGCUACAAGCUACCUGCAAGUACCUCAUUGCCGCGACAGGGUCUUCCUACAAGAAGCAUUUCCCACAGUUCCAGGGGUUGGAUCGGUUUACUGGAAGGCUUGUCCAUGCCGCUGACUACCCCAAGUCCCUUGAAAUCAAAGGAAAGCGCGUUGGUAUUGUCGGAAAUGGUGCAUCAGGACUGCAGAUUGUGCAAGACCUCGCGAAAGAGGACUGUGAGCUGAACGUUUUCAUCCGGACCCCAUGCUUCGCCAUUCCCAUGGGGCAGCGAGAGGUCUCCCAUGGAGAGUCGGAGAUGAUGAAAGGCUACUACGAUGGUAUCUUCGACCGCUGCUAUAAAUCAAUCACUGGCUUCCCUCACAACACCCUCUUUCAAUCCGCCCUGCAAGCCUCCCCAGAGGAAAGGAAGAUUUUGUUCGACGAGCUUUGGGCUCGAGGCGGGUACAACUUUCUUGUGUCAAACUACUAUGACUUCUUGCUGAACGAGAAGGCGAAUUCUAUCUUCUACGACUAUUGGGUGCAGAAGGUGCGGGCUCGCAUGACAGAUCCUAUUAAGAUGGACAUGGUCGCUCCGCUGAAGCAACACAUGCUGGUGGGAACUAAGCGGCCGAGUCUCGAGCAGGACUACUAUGAGAUGAUCGACCGUCCCAAUGUCAAACUGCAUGAUCUGAAACAGUCGCCUAUUGUUGAGUUCAGUGCUACCGGGUUGGUUACCAGUGACGGUGCUGGUACAAAGCACCACGAUUUGGACGUCGUUAUCUGCGCAACUGGAUACGAUGCUGUCACUGGUAGUCUUUUAGAUCUAGGAAUCACAGACAAGAAUGGCCAGUCACUGAGGGAGAAGUGGAGCAAUGGGGUCUUGACUCAUCUGGGUCUGAUGAUUCCCGAAGUCCCCAAUUUCUUCAUGGUGUAUGGCCCUCAAGCGCCUACUUCCUUGGCCAACGGACCUCCUUUCAUCGAGAUGGAAGUUGACUGGAUUUGCGACGUUAUCUCGAAGAUGAGGAAGGAAGGACUGGACUCGAUUCAGCCCACUGAAAAGGCGGCCGAGGCAUGGCGCGACCAUGUCGUUGUUGUAAGUGAGCAUACGUUGUACCCGAAGACCGACUCCUGGUACAUGGGAUCAAACAUCCCCGGGAAGCGACGAGAACCCCUGAUCUACCUUGGUGGAAUACAACGCUGGUGGCAGAAUUGUACAGAGGCUCUGCCCAGUUGGGACGGAUUUGCAGUGGCAUAG